CGUAGUCACGUGAUGGCCGUCGCGAUAUCUGGCUUCAGGCCGGCGAGCAACGAUGGACGAAACAUACUGUGGACACCGGGCCGUGUUCAAAAGAUAAUCUUUCCUGUUUUACGUGAUGGCUCGCAAUAUCAUUGUCUCUCUUUGGGCUGUUCUGCUACUCGUUGCGACUGCCCAGGCCCAGUUCCAAUUCUUCGAGCAGAUGUUCGGCGGUGCCCGUCAGGAGCACCAUCAGCAAGAGCAGCAGAAUGUGCCUAGCGACAGCUCAUGGUAUCAGCGUCACUGGGAGGGAGCACGCUGCUCCAACUACCUCUGUCCCGAUACGCUUGCCUGCGUCCACUUCCCACAUCACUGUCCGUGUCCGCACCCAGCAGUCGAGGAUAAGACCGAGCUCGGUGAGGGAAGUGCAGUUUGCAUCUCCAGGGGCGGGUACAAAGCUGGUGAAGCUCAGAGGAAAAUCGAGUUGGCAAGAAAGGGUCUAUUGUGAUUCGGCUGAUGGACAUGGUUGUACUAUACGUGGACUAUAAAAUUAUAUGAUGAUUGAUGUGCUAUUAAUACAGAGGAUUCCUAUAGAUUGUUCAAAUGCACUUUCAGGAGACGUUUGUUUCUAUACCUCCCUUGUUCUAAUCGGUCCUGAUUUUAGGGCCGAUUAGUAGAAAACCAAUAUUAUUAUCUGUCGAAUCUUUCAGCACGGAAGCAAGGUCUGACAUGAACAACUUGAAUUGCUUGCUUGCUUGCUUGCUUCUGAGUCUAGGGGGGAUUCGAUCCCAUGUUUGGCUUUAGCAUACAAAUAAUCUAGAUCCUAGUAAUCAAUCCUAUAAUCAGGAUUCAAAGAAUUUGCCGCGAACGGAUGAUUGACAGAUCACCUGGCGU